UGACAAAGCUGCCAAACACACGAGUUCCAGGCCGUUCUAACUUGCGGACCAACCGCGCCCUCAGCGCCCUCUGUCAGUUAUCAUCGCCACCCGCUGCGGGAUAUGAGUCCUAUUGAGGCCUCACGCCUCUUAUCCUGUCGCAGACUGCGUGCCAACGGAGUGGAGAGGUGCAAAGCUGCGAACGAUGGGUGGGCGCCUCUGCGCACUGUUCACCUGCAAGAAUUGCAGCCCUGUGCGCCACUUGCUAACACCUGGCGCCCAUGUGCGCGACGCACAUUCCGCACCAUGGGAUCCAUGGGAAGAUUACCAACACCUGGAUCGCAAGCGCCUGCGCCUGUUGCUGUCGCCUGGUGGCUUUGGAUUGUUCCACUUGUCCGUUGCGCACCAAAAAAGCACAGAGCACCUCCGACAUGUCAACCUUGGCGGACACUUCGCACCUCCGCGCACCCCAAGCUCCUCAAGCACCCCGAGCACACAGCUGGGCUCCGUUCCCGACCCUUCGCACCUUGUCUCACCCUCGUCAUUCAUCACUCAUCACUCAUCACCCUACCCCAUAUUCACAGUUCCGCCCCGCUACAAAAGCACAUCUGCCAUCUUCUCCUACUAACCACCCAUCUUGUCCUCUCUUCUUGUUUACACCUCUUUCAUCUCAGCCGUCUAUUACCUUGCUCCAGGUGCCCUUCAAAGUCUCGACCUCUGCUCGGUCAGUCGUCGUCCAGCCACUUCGACCAGACCCAUUAUCGGUCAUACAACGUCUUCCAACACCGUCCACACAAGACACUACGCUUCUUCCUCAAUGCUAUUCUUGCUACGGCAUUGUUCCGCAUUUGGCCCACCCUCCUCUUCUUCGGAGGGUGGAGCACCAUGGUGGUCCUUAUCAACUUGAAGACUAGCGCGAAGCUAUCCUUCCCCAGUGUCAUGAUCACUGUGCUAGGUAUGCUCCUCGGCUUGACCAUUUCCUACCGCACGUCCUCCGCGUAUGAAAAGUACACUGAGGGCCGCAAGAUGUGGGCCCAGAUCAUUACCGCAACACGUAACUGGGCGCGCAUGGUCUGGAUUCAUUGCCCAGACUCCCUUCAGGCCGAGCCCAUUGAGGACCCGGCGGAGCGCGCCCGCGAUGAAGCCAGGGCCCUCAUCGAGAAGAAAACGGUUGUCCAGCUCGGCCUGGCCUUUGCCGUCGCUGUCAAGCACUACCUGCGGGAUGAGCCGGGAAUUUACUACGAGGACCUUUACCAUCUCGUUUCCUUCAUCCCAACUCUGAGCUUUCCGAGCGGCAUUACCACCGAGUAUGCCAAUAUAGCGCCUAAUCUUCCUAUGCUUAGUGCCGGCCCCAUACGUCCCCACGCGCACCGCCAGGCAACCGACGACAGCAGCAAGAGUGAUCCCAUUGUGCUUUGCCCUGCCGAGAACCCGAUCAAGUUCAGUUUCACGGACUUGUGGCCCUCGCGCUGGAAGAAGCACACCCACAAGCUCAACCCGAUGACUGGCGAUGACAUGGAUGUGCCGCUCAAGAUCAUCACGUUCAUGUCUUCGUGGCUCGCGGCGGUCCAGAAGCGCAAAGUCAUCGACCCUUCCACCACUACCAACCUUAUGCUCCCACUGUCUCAGCUCAACGACGCGCUGGCCGCACUUGAGCGCAUCCUCACUACACCCAUCCCCUGGUCGUACAAUGCUCACAUCUACGAGAUGAGCUGGAUUUACUGCCUGGCUCUUCCCUUCCAACUGUGGGACUCAAAGCUGAAAUGGGUCACAGUCCCUGCCACUGUUAUCACAGCCUACUUCGUGCUUGGUUACGCAAGCAUUGCAGAGGAGAUUGAAAAUCCAUUUGGACUGGAAAAGAACGAUCUCAACCUGCACUUCUUCUGUCAGGAGAUCAUCGCCAAGGAGCUCGAUGCGAUCACGUCGCGCAGCUACACGGACCCCGGCGAUUGGAUCUUCUCCUCGUCGAACCACCCCUUCGGACAGUCGAUGCCGUCCGCGGAGAGGAUGCAGUCAGCCUCGCCGGCGGAGCUGCGCCGCAUUCUCACCCAGACGCGGAACAAUUUCGGAAGUUCGUCAUCAGAUUCGACCAAGGUCAGCGCGUGAGCCACUACAUGCCGCCCUGGAUCGACUGUGUCCCAAGAUCGCAAGGCCCACUCCCACUCCCAGCUCCCCCACUUUCCCGUGGCACGAGGCAUGGGAUACCGCAUUAUCGUGAAAAAGGUCCUAAGUUUUCUGAGAGGAGGCCGGCCAAGACAUUUUAUCUGUGUGUAUGUUACUAGUUCACAAC